CACGCAGGAAGCUGCAACAACUCGCUCCCCCCCACCGCCCUGAGAUGCUCCUGGGCACCCGCUAACAAUGGGGGGGUGCUGAGGAGGCCGGGGGGCUCGUGGCCACCAGCUCUGGGGGUCCCCCUGCCCCCUGGUGCCAUGGGCUGCCGCAUCAAGGAAAACCCCACCAGGACCUUUGACUUUUUCUUGGAGGCCUCUUGCCCCGCAACCCCAGAGGAUGACCCCCUGGUGCUGAGACAAUUCCCAGAGGAGUUUGAAGACCAGGAGUCAAUCCAGAUGCUACCCCGGUUCUGCUUCCCAUUCGAUGUGGAGAGGGGGCAGGAUGGGGCCCCAGUGCAGAACUUCACCUUCGCCCUCACGGACAUGGACGGGAACCAGCGCUUCGGCUUCUGCCGCCUCGCGCCCAGUGCUCGUGCCUGCCUCUGCAGCCUCAGCUACCUGCCCUGGUUCGAGCUUUUCUACAAGAUCCUCAACACCAUUGCUGACCACUUGGCCAAACAGCAGCUCAGCGACCUGGAGCAGUUCCUGACAGCCCUGUACAGCCACCCCGUGCCCCCACGUGGCAGCCCCAUGCGCCUGGAGUUUCCCUCGUACUUCAUCGCCCCAGACCUGGGGGGGCUGCCCAGCAUCCCUGAGAACCGCAACCUCACAGAGUUCGUGGUGGCCGUGGACGUGCCCAACAUGCUGCAGCUCUAUGGGAGCCUUCUGUGCGAGCGCCGCAUCCUGCUCACUGCCAGCAAGCUCAGCACGCUCACGGCCUGUAUCCUGGCCUCCUCCGGGAUGCUGUACCCCAUGUCCUGGCAGCACAUCUUCAUCCCCACCCUCCCCCCCCACUUGCUCGACUACUGCUGUGCCCCACCCCCUCUACUCUCUCUCCCCCCACAGAAAGUGCAGGCGAAGGCCCUAGAAGACGUCGUCAUCCUCAACAUCGACACCAACACUCUGGAGUCGCCCUUCCGGGACCUGGAGAAGCUGCCAGGGGACGUGGUGUCUCUGCUGAAGCUGCAGCUGCGCCGUUGGUCUUCCAGUCCCGGGGCCGGUGUUGCCCAUGCCUUCCUGCAGGCCCAGGCCCUGCUGUUCGGCUCCUAUCGCCAGGCCUUGCUCUACACCCCGGGCCAGCCCAUCUCCUUCUCACAGGAGGCCUUUCUGAGCCACAAGGCAGGACCCAUGCGGGAGUUCCUGCACAGCGCCGUGCACCUGCAGCUCUUCAAGCAGUUCAUUGAUGAGCGGCUGGAGAAGCUGAAUGCUGGCGAGGGCUUCUCAGACAUGUUCGAGCAGGAGAUCACCAGCAGCGGGAUGGCAGCGGGUACAAUGAAGUCCUAUCAGCUCUGGGUAGAGAAUUUUAAGAAGGGCGGCGGGGCCCUGAUCCAGACCGUCAGGACCAAGGCGAACCCUGCUAUGAGGAACAUGUACCGAUAUGCCAAGGGCCAGGCCCGGCUGGGGCUAAAAGAAAUGAGGAGCCGCUUACUGUACAAGACUGGGAGCCCUGAGCAACGCCUGCAGCGGGGGGCAUCCCUGCACUUAGAGCCAGCCCCCACCCCAGCCUCAAGCAGCCGGUCAGAGCGGCUGCAGCGACGCCUACCCAUCACCCACCACUUCGGGAAGUCACGGCCCCGGAGACCCCAGCCCAGGCCUGGGGAGAUGGAGCCACAGACCCAGAGGUGUGUUCUCCGCAGCGAAGUCCAGGGGCAGGACAGGGAGAAGCCUGCAGACCAGGUGGAGCUGGACACCAGCUUCCCGGAGCCCGAGGACCUGGACCUGCUGGGCGAGAUUUUUGAGGCGCUGAGCCUGGUGGCACCUGGUGAAGGCGGGGCCCUCUAUGGCACCCGCAGCCUCGACCUCACCCAGCUGGGGCCAAGCCAAGAGAGCCUGAACCUUAGCCUAGAUGGGCCAAGCCGGGACUGGUGGGCGCUGCCUGAGGAGGAGGAUGAUGAGGAAGAUGAGGGUAGCUCAUGGAACCCCAGUGUCCAGGAUAAGGCACCUGAGAUGUGGGAGAGCCUGAGAGGUGCGCCCUCCCUCUGCUGGAAGGCACCUGUCUCCCCCCAGCAGCCGCAGCCCCCAGGAAGUGGGGAGCAACAGGCCUCAGCAUGGAGCCCCGCCCCUGAGGAGGCUGAGCCCCGCCCCCUCGAUGCUAGCCCCACCCCUGAGGCCCCCGUCACAGCUAACCCUGCCCAGGAAGAAGCACAGCCCUGCCUUCUCACAGCAAGUCCUGCCCCAGGGGGAGCACAGCCCCACCCCCCAACAAUUAGCCCCGCCCCUGAGGCAGAGCCCUGCCCCCCAACAGAAUGUCCUGCCUCUCAUAGAGUAGAGCCCUGCCUCCUGACUGUUAGCCCCAUCCCUAAUCAGGCAGAACUCCACCCACAGGAGGCCAAGCCCCACCCCCUGGCAGCUAGCCCCACCCCUAACAGGACAGAGCCCUGCCUUCUGGCAGAACCCCGCCCCCUGCCCGAGAGCCCCGCCCCUCCCCGAGUAGCCCAGCUCAAGAAACUGUUUGAGGCCUAGGGGACAUGGGAGCAGGGGAGCCCUGCUCUCAUUGGCCCUCUGCAACUGCCAAUAAAAUGACUACUGGACA